AUGGCUCCUCAUGCUAUUCAGGAACGCCUGCAGCACCAGGGGCGGCAGCAGCAGCAGCGGCAGCGGCAGCAGGGGCCACCAGGGACGGGCCAUCAGCUCAGCUCCUGCCAAGGGGACAGACGCGUGAGCCUGCGGCAGCCACCCCAUGCCCCUGUGCUGCUCCCCGAAGCCAACCUAAGCCGGCGUGGGCAGCCCCUCCCAGUCACACAAACUCUUGUGGCCACCUGGAGCCACACUGCUCCUACCCAGGGCAUGGAACGGUUCGCGUUGAGCCAGAGGCUCUGUCUGCGCAGCAUCCCCCUACCCAAUGAGGAGCCCCGAAGGCUUUCCAUUUCCCGGGUGCUGACCCACCCCCCUGGUGCCCUCUGGUGGCCUGCGGCGGCGGCACCCACCCGCCGCCCUGGUCCCUCCGACCUCCAGUCAGGGCAGGAUGCGGUGCUGGGGCGCGCCUGUCUGCUGGUGGCCCGAGGAAAUCGCUGCACCUCGUGCGACUCGGUUUCCUCACCGGCCUCCGGAAAUGUCACAGCCCUGGCCGUGGCACGCCCGCUUCUGCAGCCUCGGCCUCCCCACCCCUUCCCCGUCAGUCGCGAGGCCCAGGGCCUCCCCUGCGCUCAGGGAUCUGCUCUGGAACUCUCUCCUCUCCCGUCCAUCUGCUGCUGGUCACCCAGUCCUCUCUGCAGUGCAGCGGGGGCCACUGUCUCCAUAAAGCAGGCCUUCCCAGGAUUCGUCCUCAGUGACCGGCUCCUUGGGGGCACCACCUGCAGUGUGGACAUGGCCCCUUGGAUGUCAGUUCCCUGCCGGCGGCGACCUGCUUCCACCUUCGCUCGACUUACCGGCGCCGGAGGCUGCGGGGCUGCUCCGGGGAGGGAGGACGGCACACCUGGGCACACCUGCCGUGCGCUCGCGGUCGGGACCCUGCGGGACGGUGUCGGGGCGGGCGCGGCGCGGCGCCUGGCCAGGGGCUGUUGGUCGGCGUUCUGGGACUACGAGACGCCCAAGGUGAUCGUGGUGAAGAACCGGCACCUGGGCGUCGUGUAUCGCGCGGUGCAGCUGCUCAUCCUGCUCUACUUCGUGUGGUACGUGUUUAUCGUGCAGAAGAGCUACCAGGACACGGAGACAGGCCCCGAGAGCUCCAUCAUCACCAAGGUCAAGGGCAUCAGCACUUCGGAGCACAAGGUCUGGGACGUGGAGGAGUACGUGAGGCCCCCCGAGGGGGGCAGUGUGUUCAGCAUCAUCACGAGGAUUGAGGUCACCCCCUCCCAGGCCCUCGGAACCUGCCCCGAGAGCAUGAGGGUCAGCAACGCCAUCUGCGACUCAGACAAGGACUGCGUGGCCGGGGAGCUGGACAUGCUAGGAAACGGGCUGCGGACCGGGCGUUGCGUGCCCUAUUACUACGGGGCCUCGAAGACAUGCGAGGUGUCCGGGUGGUGCCCAGUGGAGGAUGGAGCCUCUGUCAGCCAAUUCCUAGGCAAGAUGGCCCCUAACUUCACCAUCCUCAUCAAGAACAGCAUCCACUACCCCAAGUUCCAGUUCUCCAAGGGCAACAUCGCCAGCAGGAAAGAUGACUACCUAAAGCACUGCACCUUUGACGAGGCUUCCAACCUCUACUGCCCCAUAUUCAAGCUGGGCUUCAUCGUGGAGCAGGCUGGGGAGAACUUCACGGAGCUGGCGCACAAGGGCGGGGUCAUUGGGGUCAUCAUCAACUGGCACUGUGACCUGGACCUGUCUGCAUCCAAGUGCAACCCUAAGUACUCCUUCCGGCGGCUCGACCCCAAGCACAUCCCUGCCUCCUCGGGCUACAACUUCAGGUUUGCUAAGUACUACAAGGUGAACGGCACCACCACCCGCACGCUCAUCAAGGCCUAUGGAAUCCGCAUCGAUGUAAUCGUGCAUGGACAGGCAGGAAAGUUCAGCCUGAUCCCCACCAUCAUCAACGUGGCCACGGCGUUGACGUCAGUCGGGGUGGGCUCCUUCCUGUGUGACUGGAUCCUGCUCACGUUCAUGAAUAAGAACAAGGUGUACAGCCACAAGAAGUUUGACAAGAUGGUCGACGGUCCUGACCUGACUGUGGGACAAGGGCUUUCUGCCUCCGAGCCUCCCCGACAGGACCCCACGCUCACCGACCCAAAAGGCCUGGCUCAACUCUGA